GUUAUUUGAUCAUUCCAUGGAAGGAUUUAAAAACUGGGAGUUUAUGACUACUCACUGCUGGAGUGAAAAAGCAGCAGGUGACUGGAUCUUGGAAAUCUGUGACACUCCUUCUCAACUGAGAAAUUUCAAGACUCCAGGUAAAUUGAAAGAAUGGUCCUUAGUACUGUAUGGAACAUCUGUCCAGCCUUACUCACCAAGAAAUGAUUUUCCAAAAGUGGAGCGAGUGCGCUCUAGUCCAAUUGAAGACCCUACAGAAGAUUAUGGAACAGAUGACUAUUCAGGUCCCUGCAAUGCAGAAUGCAGUAAAGUAGGGUGUGAUGGGCCAGGACCAGAUCACUGUACUGACUGUCUGCACUACUACUACAAAUCUAAGAACAACACACGGAUCUGUGUUUCAAACUGCCCACCUGGUCACUACAAUGCGGACAAGAAACGCUGUAAAAAAUGCUCACCCAAUUGUGAAACCUGUGUUGGAGGCCACAGCGACCAAUGCAUGACCUGUAAAUCUGGCUACUACCUGAACGAAGUAACCAACAGCUGUAUUACCAGCUGUCCAGAUGGAUUUUACCUGGAUAAAAGUAAGAUUGUUUGCCGAAAAUGCAGUGAAAACUGUAAGACAUGUGUUGAAUUCCAGAUCUGCACAGAAUGCAAACAUGGCCUAAGUUUGCAUGGCUCCAAAUGUGCUAUCCGCUGUGAAGAAGGAAAAUACCAUAAUGGUAAGGAAUGUGAACCGUGCCAUCGUUCCUGUGCGACGUGUGCAGGUGCUGGAGUAGAUUCUUGUAUAAACUGCACACAGGGCUAUUUUAUGGAAGAUGGAAGAUGUGUGCAAUCCUGUAGUAGUGGUUAUUACCUUGAUCACUCUACUGAAAGUGGAUAUAAAACCUGCAAAAGAUGUGAUGCCAGCUGCGUGGAAUGCAGUGGCCAGGGAGACCGGAACUGCACGAGCUGUCCGAGCGGCUAUAACCUAGACACUGGUGUCUGCGUAGUGGGAACAGUGUGCAAGGAUGGGGAAUAUCUUGAUGAUUCCCAGAUAUGUCAGUUGUGCAAAGUAUCCUGUCAGAAAUGCAUUGGACCUGAGCAGGAUGACUGCAUCAGCUGUCCAGGCACAAGAGCUUUUGACGAUGGUCGCUGUGUUUUGCAAUGCCCCAGAGGCAAGUUUGAAUUUAAAGGACAGUGCCAUUUGUGCCAUCAUACCUGCCUGGACUGCAGUGGAAGUGAACCUAACAAAUGCACUGUUUGUGGAACAGAUAGAAGAGGGAUCGACCGUUUCCUGUACCACGGGGAGUGCCGAGAGAGCUGCCCUCCUGGGCACUACCACUCAGAGCACACCUGCAUGCCUUGUGCCCUUCAGUGCGAAGUCUGCCUGGAUGCCAGCCACUGCAAACGAUGUUUCAGAGGAUACUACCUGGCUCAAAACACCUGUGAGAAGCGCAGUUGUGGAGAAGGUGAAGUGGAAGACCUUGAUUCUGAAAAUUGCAUACCUUGUGCAGAUGGAUGCCAGAACUGCAAAUGGGACGACCCAAGAAUCUGCAUGACAUGCAUUCAGAACUACUACAUGUACAAGGAUCAUUGCUAUAAACACUGCCCCAAAAAUACCUACCGAGAUGAAAUUGCCAUGAAGUGUAUAGAGUGCCCAAGCAACUGUGAUAGCUGUGACAAGGAUGAGUGUGGCUCAUGUAAGGAAGGCUUUUAUCUCUUGGGUGGCAUAUGUGUGAGUGAGUGCGGCGCUGGUUUCUUCAGGGAUGACAUCUCCAGGGAAUGCGAAGCAUGCCACAGGAGCUGUGCAACCUGUGUCGGGUACAGCUAUGAGAACUGCACCAGAUGCAAAAACAGUUUCCAGUUAUCUCGUGGUCAGUGCCUGAAUCCAAGAAAUGUUCCACCCAAUGGAAAGUUCUGGAGUGAGGCAACAAAACAGUUACGGUCCUGUGAUCCUUCAUGUAGGACCUGUGACGAAGAUGCUAACGUGUGUACUUCAUGUCCAGAAGGAAAGUUUCUUAGCCAUGAUACCUGUGUCUCUCAAUGCCCUAAACAAACUUUUGGCAACGUGGAAAGUGGAAAGUGUGAGAAGUGCUUGGAUGAUUGUGAGGUAUGCUCUGACCCCUGGCACUGUCAGAAGUGUCAGUCUGGACAAGACCAGCCAUUCAUCCUCCAUGAAGGCAGAUGCUUUCAGGAAUGUCCUGAGGGAUAUUUUAAUGAUUUUGGGACUUGCAAGGAAUGCAGUGGAUCGUGUAAGACAUGCAUGGGAAACGCCACCAAAUGCCAGUCCUGUGAAAGUCCUUUGCUUUUGGAGCAGUGGGAGUGUAAACAUACCUGUUCACAGAUGUAUUUUGCUUCUGAAGGAACCUGCAAACACUGCCCUCCAAUGUGCCAGGAGUGCAUUCACAAUCAAAUGUGCAAAGUGUGCGUGGAUGAGUUCUUCCUGCACGAAGGGAGGUGCGUGGAGGAUUGCCCCUCUCCCUUCUACGCCGAAGACAAGCAGUGUUUCCCCUGCCACAGAGACUGCAGGGAUUGCGAUGGGCCCGACUCAGAUGACUGUAACGAGUGUGCCAUCAGCUUCUUUGUCCUGUACAAUGGCGAGUGUUUUGAAGAAUGCCCCAAAGGGACUUACUAUGAAGAAGCAACUGAAGAUUGCCAAGCAUGCAAUAAGACAUGCCAGACUUGUUCUUCUUCCACCGCCUGCCUUACUUGCAGAAAUGGCCUGACACUGGACCGCAACGGGCAAUGUUUGGCAUCUGGAUACUGCUCUCGCACUGAGUACCAUGAUGAGCAAACUCGAACCUGCAAGCCUUGUCAUGAGAAAUGCCUUCGCUGCUUGGGACCCACUGAACACCAGUGUCUUAGCUGUGCAAAUAAUCAGCAUCUUCUCAAUACAACCUGUGUUGAAACAUGCCCAUACGGAUAUUACGUUGACAGCGACGAGGGACAAUGUUCCCCAUGCCACAGCACCUGUGACACUUGCUUUGGAAAACACAGCUCACAGUGUCUCUCCUGCAAACCUGGCUGGUACAGGAAAGGAAAAGGAUGUGUAAAUCAAUGUCCAGCUGGAUACUUCGCACACUCCGCUGGAUCAUGUGAGAGAUGCCACAAGAGCUGUAAGGAGUGUAUGGGACCUCAGCCUACAGACUGCCUCUUCUGUGAUACGUAUUUUUACCUGUUGCACUCCAAGAAUGAAUGUGUUAGCUCUUGCCCUGAAUAUUACUAUGAAAACAAGGACAACAACAUGUGUGAAAGAUGCCACCCUUCCUGCCGAACGUGUGAAGGGAAUGGAGCAUUCAGCUGCACAUCUUGCGUAUGGAGCUACACUUUAUUAGGUGGAAUGUGCAACUCAGACUGUCUUGUAGGUGAAUACAGAGUCCAGGAGUCACCAGUACCAGAGGAGGACCAGCUCAAAUGUGAGAAAUGUGACAGUACAUGCACUGAAUGUAAGGGACCUGGGCCUCUCAACUGCACGAUGUGUCCAGCCAGCACGCAGCUCUACCUCCAAGAAAGUCGCUGCCUGCCUUGCUGCGGUGACUCUGAUGCGGCAGACAGCCCAGAGUGCUGUGACUGCAGUGAAACGCAAGAUGACUGUGUCUUACGGAUCACUCCACCACCUGAGCGCAAAAGCAAAACCAGUCUCUUUGUUAUUACCUGCAUUUUGCUACUCCUUGUCAUUGGAGCUAUUAUAUUUAUUUGGAGAAAAUCACGAGCUAAAACUCAGGCUGCCAAUAAAAGGGGGUAUGAGAAGCUGACAAAUCACUCCAAAGCCUUUUCUUCCUACAUGAGCAAUUCCCAUGAGAGCACAAGCUAUCAGGAGGAUCAAGUGAUUGAGUACAGAGAUCGAGAUAAUGAAGAUGAAGAUGAUGAUGACGAUGAUGAUAUUGUAUAUAUGGGCCAGGAUGGGACAAUCUAUCGUAAAUUUAAAUACGGACUUUUGGAAGAGGACGAAGAAGAUGAGCUUGAAUAUGAUGACGAAAGUUAUUCGUUUAGAUAACUCUUUACUAAUUUAUGGAUUUUUCUGCUCUGCUGCCCUACUUACAUUUACAAUUUAGUUAAGUAUGUUUAGUUAUUUCUUAGUAUGCUGAGAUCAAGAUUUUAGCUAAUGCACAUUGUGAGAGCAGAAUGGUUUCUAAAAACACAUAUUUUUUUCUAAAGCUUUACAUUAAAUCUUGCUAGGCUUUCAAAUAGCACUCCAGAUGCAGGCUGGUUAGAGAUUACAUUUCUGUGCGUUCGUCUGGAGAGUAUAUCCUUUCCCAAUACGUUUGUGUGUGCGUUAUAAGCGAACACUCCUUCAAACAGCAUGCGCGCACGCGCACAUGCACACACACACACUUAUUGAGAACCUUGCCAAUCCCUACUAAAAAGGUGCAGAUAGAAAUAAGAUGGGUGUAUUUGCCUGCACAGUGAAUGUCGCCGGCAUAGGGUGCCACUUCACUGUUUGCUACUUUGUGAUUAUAGUUGUACAGCAAUUCAUAACACAAUAGGUGAUUUUGCCGAUUUUACCCAGACUUCCUUUCUUCGUAUGAUCUGGCAUAUGUGUGCCCCUCAAAACUGACAAAUUUCACUUCAUAAUCUUGUGGCGUAUUUUGCAGUUAAAUUAUGUAUUUAUGACAUGAUGUUGAAGAUUUGUGAUUGUGACUCUAUUCCAGAUAAAACUCCA